CGCGCCUCCAGCCCAGCGCUCGGAGCGGCUUUCGUUGCCACUGUCUGCUCUCCCGGGCCGCUGCCUGCUCCAAGCUUGGGGUUCUGUCCGCUGGGCCGCUUGCCCCGAGGCAGGAAGACGAGUUCGAGGAGGAUGCCUGGGCCCGUCGCUCGCGGCCCCGGGUGAAGCAGGCCCGCGCCGGCCGGCGCCAUGGAAAGGAGCGGGAACCACAGCUGCCCCCCGCCGGCAUGCGCGCCUAUUGAGCCCCGCCGCAGGCAGCCCCCGGCCGCAGGUCCCCGAGUGACACUGGCGGCACCUGGGAGCGUGGCGCGGCCCCGGGGCCACGCCGAGGAGCCCAGCGUCCAGUAAAGCUGCCGAGGACCUGCCGCCCGUGCCGCAGCCAUGGUGAUGUCCCAGGGCACCUACACGUUCCUCACGUGCUUCGCCGGCUUCUGGCUCAUCUGGGGGCUCAUCGUCCUGCUCUGCUGCUUCUGCAGCUUCCUGCGCCGCCGCCUCAAACGGCGCCAGGAGGAGCGCCUGAGGGAGCAGAACCUGCGUGCCCUGGAGCUGGAGCCCCUCGAGCUGGAGGGCAGCCUGGCUGGAAGUCCUCCGGGCCUGGCGCCGCCGCCGCCGCCGCACCGCAGCCGUCUGGAGGCGCCUGUGCACGCGCACUCGCACGUGCACGUGCACCCGCUGCUGCACCACGGGCCCGCGCAGCCGCACGCGCACGCGCACCCGCACCACCACGCGCUGCCGCACCCGCCGCCGCCGCCGCACCUCUCCGUGCCGCCCCGGCCCUGGAGCUAUCCGCGCCAAGCGGAAUCGGACAUGUCUAAGCCGCCGUGCUACGAGGAGGCGGUGCUGAUGGCGGAGCCGCCGCCGCCCUACAGCGAGGUGCUCACGGACACUCGCGGCCUCUACCGCAAGAUCGUCACGCCCUUUCUGAGCCGCCGCGACAGCGCGGAGAAGCAGGAGCAGCCGCCUCCGAGUUACAAGCCUCUCUUCCUGGACCGGGGCUACACCUCGGCGCUGCAUCUUCCCAGCGCCCCGCGGCCCGCCGCCCCCUGCCCUGCCCUCUGCCUGCAGGCGGACCGCAGCCGCCGGGUCUUCCCCAGCUGGACCGACUCAGAGCUCAGCAGCCGAGAGCCCCUGGAGCACGGAGCUUGGCGCCUGCCCGUCUCCAUCCCCUUGUUCGGGAGGACUACAGCCGUAUAGAGGGGCGCCCGGCGUCCCGAGCCCCACGGGCGAACUCCUAGCCUGACUGCGAGGCUUUUUAAAUGCUUCCCUUGGACUGCAGGGAGGGGAGGGGGGAGGGAGGGAUUUCUUACCCUGUUUGUUACAUUUUGAGGAUAAUAAAGGUGUGUGAUCUGCUUUGGUACAA